AACCCUGCCGAUGAAGUCUUGCUUCUGAAGCGGGAAGAGAGAGAAGAAAAACAAAAACAAAAACAAAAAACAAAAAAAUGGCACCAGCCAAGAAGGCCAAGGCCAAGGCCACGGCCAACCCGGCCGAGUCAACUCAGCCCGGAAACCCCAACAACAAUUUCCCAACCUCUAUUCGGUACAUACCUCCCUCCUCAGUCGCCAUAACCAUCCACGCCAAGCCUGGUUCCAAAAUCGCCUCCAUCACUGAUUUCAGUGAUGAGGCGUUGGGGGUGCAAAUAGACGCGCCUGCGAAGGACGGGGAAGCUAAUGCAGCGCUACUUGACUACAUCAGCUCGGUUGGUCCUGUUUCGUUUUGGGUUUUAGGGGUAAAAAGAAGGCAGGUUUCUAUUGGUUCUGGCUCCAAAUCAAGAGACAAGGUUGUUAUUGUGGAGGAGAUGACUCUACAAAGUGUUUUUGACAUCCUGGACAAAGCUUCGAAGUCCACCUAAUAGAGUGAGAGAUGAAUUUGAUCCUUGAAUGAGACGUGAAGCUUGAUUGUACUGUAGCAGCUAACCGAGUCGCUUGUGUUUAUUGGAAAUUGUCUUGUUGAUGUUCCAGGUACUUCAAAACUGUCAUUAUUUGCGCUGUCUACACACAAAUGACUACUUGUUUAUAAAUGCAUCUUUUAAUACACUUAUACCACAACGAGUACAUUACAUUAUAUGAAUAAUGAAUUGUGUUCAUAGAACUACUUAUAUUU